UCAGGGACCCCUCCACAAUUCUCAAGCCCAAAGGGAGAAGGGAAUCCUUUCUCUCCGUGUUCUUUUCUCUGGAACUGCCUGGCACUGAGACCCGGGGAAGCAGACUACCUGCAAGGAGGCUGGGUAGCAGGCCGCUCUGAGCUUCCCCACCCCGAAGAGACAGAGCCAGCUAUGGCAGAGGAGGUAUGGGUGGGCACCUGGAGGCCCCAUCGGCCCCGGGGACCCAUCAUGGCCCUCUACAGCAGCCCUGGCCCCAAGUACCUAAUUCCACCUACCACAGGCUUUGUGAAGCACACACCCACCAAGCUGCGUGCGCCAGCCUACAGCUUCCGUGGGGCCCCCAUGCUCCUGGCAGAGAACUGCUCCCCAGGACCCCGCUAUAGCAUGAACCCCAAGAUACUAAGGACUGGCAAGGACCUUGGCCCUGCCUACUCCAUCCUGGGGCGCUACCACACCAAGACCAUCCUGACCCCAGGCCCAGGUGAUUACUUUCCAGAGAAGUCUGCCAAGCACGUGUUUGACUCAGCACCCAGCCACUCCAUCUCCACCCGCACCAAGACCUUUCGGAUAGACAGCACUCCAGGCCCCGCCGCAUACAUGCUGCCAGUGGUUAUGGGACCGCACACUGUGGGUAAGGCCUCCCAGCCUUCCUUCUCCAUCAAGGGCCGCAGCAAGCAAGGUAGCUUCAGCGACGACCUGCACAAGACCCCAGGUCCUGCAGCAUACCGCCAGACAGAUGUGCAGGUGACCAAGUUCAAGGCUCCACAGUACACCAUGGCUGCCCGGGUGGAGCCCCCGGGGGACAAGACCCUCAAGCCAGGACCAGGAGCCCACAGCCCUGAGAAGGUGACACUGCACAAGCCCUGUGCCCCCAUUGUCACCUUCAGCAUCAAGCACUCUGACUACAUGACACCGCUGGUUGUUGAUGUGGAAUAG